UCAGUUUUAUUCUUAAUUGCAAGAACUUACACAGAGUGAAUACUACAGAAACGUAGUAACAGCUACGGUCAUUUAAGGGCUGUAUGCAGGAGACAUGGGUAAAAUGGAAAGUAGACAGUCAUCGGAAACAAUUGAAGCGAAUGCCUUUAGGAAGACAACCUACCAGGAUAAUCAACGAUUCUAUUCUAAAGGAGGCUGCUGCGUCAGGGCAUUGAUAGGUCUUUUGAUAGUCUUUGUCGUCACAACAUGUGUGCUUAGUGUAGUCCUUAUAUGGAGAGAGAACAGAAGCAGCUUCGAACCUAUAACCUCUGAAUCACUACAGAAAGCAUAUCCGGGUUACUUCCGGACACUGAAAGAACAGGUUGAGUUUGAGGUACCUGUUGAUCCUAUUCCGGCAGGGGAAAACUUUACGACUGUUGGUUUCACUUGUGAUGUAAAUUGCGCGGUUACACCUGUAAGAAGGAGGAGGGAUGCAGCAGACAAAACCUUUCAUGGUUGCUGUGAAUCGAGCAAACUUUUUAUCAGCCCAAUUACGUUAGAAAAUAUGGACGGUAAGAUACGAGAGCUCGUGAAAGAUGAUGAUGUCAAGCAGUUUUUCCAAACUGCAAGGUGCAAGCAAUCUUCUGGUUGUACUGGAUGCACGUGCAUGCUUGACCGUGCGAUAGAAACAGCUGUUGUGUACAAGAUCGGCAAGACAUCGUCAUCGGCAAGCUUUAUCGCUGAUAUAGAAAUAGAUACAUUUUACUUUAACAAAUGUUGCAAAUGUGUGAACGUUAGAGUGAACGGAUGAACGUUGUUUAUUCACGCAACUUGUAAAACAAACAAAUUUGUUAUAUAGAAAGUAUAUAGUUAAUAUUUUUAUAAUAAAAAAAUAGUAUCAAUUCGAGUUGUAGAUUCAUAUAUGAACAUUCUAUAUGAAAUCAUAUCAUUGUGAUUAAAUCUAUUAUUAUUAUUUUGAUUGUGAAUUUGUAUUAUUAAAGCCUCAAUUAUGUAUUUAAACCUCUCUUAUACAUAUUUGUUUAAUCUUUCGCUAUGUUUGACAUGUGUGGCGGAACAUUAUCGUAAAAGGCAACUAUUGUUGGUCCCCUGCAGAACAUCUACCUUUCCAGCCUUUCAAAAUACUAUUAUUUUUCAUAAGUCAGUAUUGACUGGAUAUCAACAUAAUAAGUUACAAUUAAACUGCAUUAAGAGUUAUUUUAUACUGAUACUAUAACAUGAAAUUUACUUCAUAUUUUUGGAAUCGGACAAUUUUACAAGUAUGAGUAUACAAGAUGUUGAACUGCAUUCGGGACAAGGAAUAAUCACAGAUAGUUUUUAUUGAUAUACCGAUUUGGUUUUGAUAGGUUUAACGUUCUAUUAACAUAUAUAGGUCAUUUAAGGACGUGCUUUUAUUUGUGCAAUUUAUGCAUAAUUUUGUUCUUGGGGCAGGAUAUAUUUGUGUAUUGGCCUCCCUACGGUAGCGCGGAUGUGAUGCCGAAUUUAGAUUGACAUAGUGGUUAGCACUCUGUUAUAUGUACCAUAACAAUAGAUAUAACCUUACGAGUCGUUUGUUUGUUUGUUUGUUUGAUUUUGUUUAACGUCCUAUUAACAGCUAAGGUCAUUUA